UCGCCCAACCACCAGCAGGCGAGGCUGAACGGACGUGCUGUUUAUGUCUGGUUUGCGUUCAGGUUGGCCAGAGCGGACGGCACAUGUUACAUACAGACACGAAAGAUGAGCCAUUGCAAGACAGUCCACAAGAAGACAGCUGCAAGGGGUGCCAUGCUGAGGAGGUGCAGGAGUGUUUCUGAUGUGCACCUGGAGUGGGGUGAAGUUUGGCAGGAUGCUGGUGCUGAGGAAGAUGCUGAGACGGACGCCAUGGCGAUGCUCCUGCAUUCCGAGGAGAGCGAGGGCAACUGGUUUGAGAUCAGCCCCUUCGACCCGGAGGCGGAUUACCUGCCGCAAUCCCUGGCUGUACCGGAGACGGUGGACAGACCCCGCAUGACGCCCAUGAUGGGGGAGUCAUUCUGCCAGUGUAACCCGCCGGACGAGCCCGGCCCCAAGGCUCUGACGCAGGGCCUUGAGCCUGCCAACGACUGCCUCUGUGGGGAGGAGGACCAGAGGUUUGACUGGGUGUGGGAUGAGAAGUGCAAGUCGGCGGGAGCCCUCCUGAGCUCCGAUGACAGGGAGGUGAACUUCCACCAGGACUACAGCUGUGGCACGGCGGCCAUCCGCGGCACCAAGGAGCUGACGGACGGCCAGCACUUCUGGGAGAUCAAGAUGACCUCCCCCGUAUACGGAACCGACAUGAUGGUGGGCAUCGGAACCUCGGAGGUGAACCUGGACAUAUUCAAGCACACCUUCUCCAGUCUGCUGGGUCACGAUGAGGACAGCUGGGGGCUCUCCUACACAGGUCUCCUACACCACAAAGGGAAAAAGGAGAAUUUUUCCUGUCGUUUUGGCCAAGGCUCCAUCAUAGGACUGCACCUAGACACCUGGAACGGUACCCUGACCAUCUAUAAGAACCGGCGUCGUGUAGGUGUGGCUGCCACCAAGCUGCAGAACAAGAAGCUGUACCCAAUGAUUUGCUCCACAGCAGCAAAGAGCAGCAUGAAGGUGACGCGGGCCUGCUACUCGCCCACCUCCCUGCAGUACCUCUGCUGCGCCUGGCUGGGCCGGAGGCUUCUGCAGUGCCCCGACAUCCCGGGCGCCCUGAACCUUCCUCCAGGCCUCUGCAGCUGGCUGCAUGCACACAUGGGCUGGGUCCUCAACCUGAACAGCUAUCCUGCUGACUCCCAGCAGCCCGCCGCCAGUCUGCCCGGGGAGUCGAACACACCGUACAGCCGGAGCCCCAGCCCAGCGUCCACCCUCAGUGCCUGCGCCUCCCCGAGCCCGGUCCCUGGCGAGUGUCCCUGCCCGCUCUCCUCUCAAGCCGAGGUUUGCAUCCAUCAGCAGCCGCCGAUGCCACCCAGCAGCGACUGUGACACAUGCUACUCAGAGGACGAAGACUACCAAAGCAAAAGAUGUCGCUGGAUAUGACCCCCCUCCCCCGCCCGCCAAAAUGGUUUCCUUUUGAAUUCAGUAGCACUUUACGUUGCUUUUCUGCCACUGCCAUCGACUACAACAUAGGCCUCAGAACCUCGUCUCGUAGCCAACCUUACUGUUUUGUGGGUGAGUUACACGUCCAUGUCCUGUAUUCCUCCUAAUGUCCUCCUGUCAUGUGAAGCUCAGCUAGUCGGAGGGGAAUUUGAUGCUACAGCGAUGGCUGACCGCAGAAACACGAUGCAGGCGCAGUAACGGAGGUACGGCGUCCUCUGGGUCAUUCGAACAGAGCCAUAUAUACAUAUAUAAUCACCUGUCAAGUACUUUCCAUGUUGUCAUACAGAGGCAACUUGUCUUCGGAAGGCCCGAGGACUGGAAAUGUGCGCAUAUGUGAGGUUUUGUUUGUGUUGUUUUCCUCGGUGAUGUCUUCCUGAAGAGUUUUUGAUACUGCAGAAAAGGCAUUUUGCUAAUGUUUUAGUCUCUGUGGUGUUUAUUUAUCUUUUUUCUAAUGUACAGUUAUGCUUUCUUACUUUGUGAAUUUACUGAGGCUGUUGUAUAAAAGAUAUAAACUUUAUAUUCAGGUUUUUUUUUUGUAAAUUCUUAUUGAAAGUAAAGAUCAUGCUUCAGCUAGUGGAAUAAUGCAACUUGCAUCUCCAUAUCAGACAACACAUUUAAUGGCUGUUGGAACUGGGUCAUCCCUGACAUGGCCUGGCUUCUGUUGUACUAUAUAUAUAUACACACACACACACACACACAUACAGUCUUCCUAAACAUGUAAAGACCCUCACUGGCUACAUUCACUCCCUGUAGACCCUACCCGUAACCCUUACUCUAACCUACUUCUAUCCUUAACCUUAAACCCAAGUCAUAACCCCGAAAUAGACCCUUGAAGAAAUGAGGACAGGCCAAAAUGUCCUCACUCUCAUGGUGUAGAACUCAAACUGGUCCUCGCAAACAUAGCUGAACACACACACACACACAACACGCUAUACUUGUGGGGACCCCUCAUUGACUAUAUUCAUUGCCUAGCCCUUAACCCUAACCAUCAUCAUUACAUGCCUAACCUUAACCCUUACCUUAACCUAAUUCUAACCUUAACCCUAAACCUAAGUCCUAACCCUAGAAUAGACCCUCUUCCUCAUGGGGACUCAUAAAAUGUCCCCACAAGUUAGGUGGUUUCAGGUUUUUCUAUCCUCAUGGUCGCACACACACAC